AUGACGGACGCGAAGGAGAACCUCGAUGCGGUCUUCGACCCCUCGGGCGGUGGCCUGUCGCCGGACAUCCUCGGCGUGCUCGAGUCGACCCUGAGACUGCACUCCCUCACGGCCGACGAACUGUUCAUAAAAUGGGAGGUCUACUGCCUGAAGAUGGGCGGCGAGGAGACCAAACUUGACCUCGAGACGGCACGCAUGUUUGCCAAGGACGUACAAGACGGCGUCGAACGGGGCGACGGCAGGACGCAACAGGGGAACAAAUUCGCUCCCAGGUCGGAGAGGAAGGGCGCCGUCCACGCGACCCCCAGGGCGGUUGGGACCGGCGACGUCUUUGGGAUGCUUGACGAACUCACACCAAACACCGUCGGUCGACGAAGCGGCGGCAGCGUCAAGAGAAAAGCAGACUUCGACUCCCCGGUCCCGAAGAAGAUCAAUCGGCCAGACACGAACAACAAGACACCAGGAAAGGCUGGCAAGGUGGAUGGUCCUGCAGGUAUACCCUUCUCCGAGCGGCAGAAUGCUGGACAGAUCAUCGAAACGUUAAACGACCACCUUCCACAGGCCGAAGCGCCACUUGCCCCCUUCUCGGAAGCACGACUACGUCUGAUCUCGCGGACGGAUUUCAAAAAGUUCGCAUACAAGCCCAUGUCCAUGCGCCUCUCGGACACCUCUGAGAUUCUCGACGAGAGGAUCGACGACUUUUUGUCUCUGAUCCAGAAACAUCACAACCUCGACGACUCUGCGUUUGGAAAUGCCGCGGCACAAAGUACAAGCGAGAUCGUCGCCGUAGGACGCAUCGCGUCGGACACGCCCGAGGGGAAACUCAACUCUGCGUCUCUCGUGCUCGAAAUGUCACGUCGCAUGGGCGCUGGCCUGCGUGUCCCGUUGAAAGUUGACGCAUUACCUUCGUACCAAUUUUUCCCUGGCCAGAUUGUGGCUCUGAAAGGCACAAACGCCUCGGGGCUUUACUUUACGGUCAAAGAAGUACUUGCCACCCCCAAACUACCAAUGCCAUCGUCCACGACCAACGACAUCAAUACUGUUAACGAACGCCUCGAAGUCAGCGAGGACUCUCCAUCUUCCUCUUUGCCGCUCAAUAUAAUGCUGUCCUCGGGCCCGUACACAGCUGAUGACAAUCUCGACUUCGAGCCGUUCCGUGCACUUUGCGAAAAGGCAGCGGAGAACGUGGCCGACGCUCUCAUCCUGACCGGUCCGUUUUUGGAUAUCGAGCACCCUUUGCUCGCAAGUGGCGACUUUGACUUCCCGGGAGAGACACGUGGUUCGGAUCAGGACGCGAGCAUGGCCAUACUGUUUAGGACCUGGAUCUCACCGCACCUGCAGCGUCUAUGUGCCGCGGUUCCGAGCAUAACGGUGCUCGUGGUGCCCAGCGUGCGCGACGCGCUGAGCAAACACGUUUCCUGGCCUCAGGAGAGACUGGUGAAGAAGGAACUACACCUGCCGAAGCAGGUCACGAUGCUACCCAACCCGUGCUUUAUAAGCUUGAACGAGACGGUUUUUGCGAUCAGUUCCCAGGAUGUUCUCUUUGAGUUGAGCCGUGAGCAGAUUUCGCACGGCUUGGGCGGCGUGGGGAGCGAUUUGCUCAGUCGACUCCCUGGUUGCCUGAUAGACCAGAGGCAUUUCUUCCCACUCUUCCCGCCGAUCAAGAGGAACAACGGAGCGACCGGGGCGUGUCUGGAUAUGGGUUAUCACAAGCUGGGGGAGUGGAUGCAGGUCAAGCCUGAUGUGCUCAUUUUGCCCAGUUUGAUCACGGCCAGUGUCAAGGUCGUGGACAGUGUCAUGGUCAUCAACCCAGGCCAACUAUCCAAGCGAAAAGCUGCCGGGACAUUUGCGCAGAUUUCAUUGCAGCCGAGAAUACUGGGUGACGAAGAAAAGGAGGAGAAGACGGUUCCACAUGAUGUUUUUAAACGCGCGAGGGUGGAUAUCGUUAGGAUAUAAAACUUGGGAGGGCUCUUGACUUGUCGCCACGGAGUACUCCAGCACGUAUACUGAAAGCCUUCCACGUUGAGUCCCGUCACGUACAGUGUCAUGUAUAGCCUGUGAUGUAAAGACUGAGAAGCAGGAUAAUGAGAUC